AUGACGCUAUCGGAAGAAGAAAUGAAGCGUUUGUGUCGGAUCCGCAGAACUGUUAUGCAAAUGCUGAGAGACAGAGGUUAUCUGGUUGGAGAAUUCGAGAUCAAUAUUGGAUUAAACGAAUUCUUCAGGAAAUUCGGUGAAAACAUGAAAAGAGAAGAUCUCAUAAUCAGUAAAGCCAAUGCCAAUGAUUCCUCCGAUCAGAUCUAUGUCUUCUUCCCCGAUGAACCAAAAGUUGGUGUUAAGACCUUGAAGACUUACAUUGAACGCAUGAAAUCAGAAAACGUAAUCCGAGCAAUAUUGGUUGUGGUUGAAAAUCUUACACCAAUUGCCAGAAACUGCAUGAGUGAGAUCGCUACAAAGUUUCAAUUGGAAGUUUUCCAGGAAGCAGAGUUGUUGGUGAAUGUUAAAGAUCAUAUUUUAGUUCCUGAGCACCAGGUGCUUACAAAUGAAGAAAAAAAGACUUUGUUAGCAAGAUACACUGUCAAAGAAACACAGCUGCCACGAAUUCAAGUGUCGGAUCCAAUAGCACGGUAUUACGGGUUAAAACGUGGUCAAGUUAUGAAAAUUAUUAGGCCAAGUGAGACGGCUGGACGUUAUGUCACCUACCGUUAUGUUGUUUGA